AGGUUGGAGACUACAUAAGACUUUGACAGUUGGCGGGAAACCAUCAUCAACUGGAGAGAUGCCGGAAGAGGAAUGUCUGCGACUAAGUCAUGGGCCACUGGAUAAGGGUUGUUGAUGGCAAAACAGAUUGGAGACUACAUAAGACUUUGACAGUUGGCGGGAAACCAUCAUCAACUGGAGAGAUGCCGGUAAAAAGAUGGCCAUAAAACAGUGACCGCUGAUUCGCAUUGAGUUCUUUCUUACAUAUUGGAUGACCUAUGUUUUUUAUUGUUUAAAUCAUUGCGGCUUGGAAUGCUCUUUAAGAAAAGGUGUUAACACUUUUGGUGUACACAAGCCAUCUCAAACCGAGACCCAUGAGCCUGAGACGGGGGCCUGAGAAACUGUAAAGUGACCCCACAUGCGCAACAACAACAAUUAAUAACCUGCCGGCAAGAACAUAAUUGUUAUUUCCAAGUACAAAUAAAGCAACCAAAAUAACAUGAUCAGAGGAUGCUCACGAACAAGAACAUUGACGACAUUCCAUUAGGCCAUCUACUCUGCGGAUUCCACGAACUAACUCUCUACUGAAGCCUGGUUCAUGUAGUCUCGUGGGGAUGGCUGCCGGCACUAACAUCUUCGAAGAUAAGCAUACCAAUAACUGGUUUAAAGCGUGCAUCGCCCUCAAUUUUACAAAGGAAGGAUUGACUGACUUUGUUCUGACGGAAUUACAUAACGUCCAAACAUUAGUUGGUAGAAGUUGUGGACAAUGCUUUAUUCAAAACCCCAUACCGUGUCCAACUCAGGACGUGUGUAAAAAGCGGAAACGAAAUAACUGUUCUUUCCACAAUUCACUACAACCAACGUCAUGCCAAACAUGUCAUAAGGUGAAACAAAAUAUCACAUUGUUACACAGAUUUAAUGGGCCUAGUUGGGCAAACACUAAAGCUGAAAGAUGGGCAAUGGAUCCGUGGGAAAUUGGCAAAUGCUACCUCCCACGGGACGGAUAUAGCAGCGUAUCCUCGGUGCAAGAAUCUGACUUCAAUGGUGUGGUUAGCAUUGUGUUGAACUGCACGCAUUUCCAGACAUGCAUCUCCGCCGCAUGUCUAUCUCCGCCUCCACCUGAUAAGCAAUGCCCGCUAGAAAAUGUCCGUCAAAUAGGCCGAGACGUACGCCACACUGCAGACUGCAAGGUCACAGAUGCUGAUCUGCAGUACUUCUUUCUGACACUGACCACCCUACUUGCUGAUCCAGUCCACUUAUUACAUGAUCCCUUAACGACAAAAGCGCGCAGGAAACUCAGUGAUUUGCAGAAUGAUCGUCUUUCACUUGUUGAUUUGGGCAAGAUGUUGAAAGAAGCAAAUAAGACCCUCACACAUGCAAAAGAGGCCGGAGAACGUUUUUCCGAAGAGGCUGAAAGGACCCUGAAAGAAGGUCUGAAUACCUUAGAGGCUAAAAUACAGGCUGGGGAAAACGCCUUGAAAACAAAACACAAACUAGUGAACAACGAAUUGAAAACAAGGCACAUUCUGGUGAACAACGCCUUGAAAACAAGACAAAGGCUGGAGAACAACGCAUUGAAAACAAGACACAUUGUGGAGAACAGAGCAUUGAAAACAAGACACAGACUGGGAAACAACGCAUUGAAAACAAGACACAGGCUGGAGAUCAAAGCAUUGAAAACAAGACACAGGCUGGAGAACAAAGCAUUGAAAAAAAAACACAGGCUGGAGAACAAAGCAUUGAAAACAAGACACAGGCUGGAGAACAAAGCAUUACAAACAAAGCACAGGCUGGAGAACAACACAUUGGAAACAAGACACAGGCUGGGGAACAGAGCAUUGAAAACAAGACACAGGCUGGAGAACAAAUAAUUGAAAACAAGACACAGGCUGGAGAACAAAGCAUUGAAAACAAAGCACAGGCUGGAGAACAGAGCAUUGAACCAAGACACAGACUGGAGAACAAAGCAUUAAACACAAGACACAUGCUGGAGAACAAAGCAUUGAAAACAAGACACAGGCUGGAGUGCAAAGCAUUGAAAACAAGACACAGGCUGGAGAACGAUGCAUUGAAAACAAGACACAGGCUGGAGAACAAAGCAUUGAAAAAAAGACACAGGAUGGAGAACAAUGCAUUGAAAACAAGACACAGGCUGGAGAACAAAGCAUUGAAAACAAGACACAGGAAAGCAUCAACCGCAUAAAUCAAGCAGCGAUUGGAAAGGAGCUAGACGAAUACGAGCGUAGCGUAACAGAUCUUCUCAAGCGAUUGGUGAACCAUUACCGUGAUACCGUUUGCUACGUGCCUCUGUCUACUUUGGAUCCUAGUCUCAAUAAGCACGUACAAAACGUCUAUGCCACUCCAAAAAUACACAGGAUGAAGAUAGAGAAUGAUGGUAGACGCACACAACAGGAAGAAAUAUUGACAUACAAAGAUUGCUUUUAUAGAGGUGAUAAUUUAUGUAAACGUACAUACUUACAAGGCGAGCCGGGAAGCGGCAAGACAAGUUUUGCUGCCAAGUUAGGUGUCGAUUGGUGUAACGUGCAUGAGUCCUCGAAUGAAUCUACAAAGGAACAAACGGCGUUUGUUGUUGUUGAUACCCUUCAUAAAUUCAAGUUUCUCUUCUUCAUUUCGUUGCGCGACUCGAGAGAACAGACACAUGUUACACAUAUGAUACAAACUCAGCUCAUCUACAAAAUCUACGCGGCAGACGAAUGGGAGAACGCGUAUAAUCUAGUCCUAAAAAUAAUGAGAAAUGUGAUGUAUCUUGUUGUUCAAGACGGUCUGGAUGAGUGGUCUGGUAAAGAAGCUCUGCCAUCUAUGGACGGUAUUCCUAAAGAUCAUUGCAUUGUGCUCACAACUUCUCGACCAUGGAAACUCGCGGAUGAACGUAUCAAGAAUUCUCAAAUAGACAUAUUGUUGGAAGUCUACGGAAUAAUCGAUUCCUAUGGUUUCAGUAAAAGGAUACUACGACAUCUUCUUGAUGAAACAAAGGAUCUUAACGAACUGUGGAACAGUUUCGGAAAUUUCUGAAGAGUCGUGACCUUGAUUCGAUAUCAUCUUCGCCCAUGCUGCACACGCUUGUCCUAUGCACAUGGGUAGAUGAUAUAGCUGAGAGUCUUACCGGAUCGUCAAGGUGUGAAUUGUUUACCACCUUGCUUGAAAACUUGUGUAUAAAAGCUAACCCACAAAUGAGUUAUUUCGAUCAAUACUACCCAUCACCAGUAUACUGCUUUUCUCGCACGAAGUGUGUUAAACCAAACAUGGAACAUAUAGAUGUUAUAGCCAAAGCUGCGUUUUCAUUUUUGUUUUCAAAUGAAAAAGAAACCUCACUAGUGUUCAGCGACAUUAAUCUUUCGGCUCAUUUGUCUGAAAGUACAAAGCAGUUCGCUCUACAUUCAGGAUUAAUAUCCAAAAGAAAAAGUAAAAAAUGUUAUGAUAGUACAAGCUCGUUUGUCCACAAGACUGUUCAAGAGUUCUUUGCUGCUCUUCACAUCUCCAACAAUACAGACGUGAUUGAUAACGUUAUUUGCGAAUAUCUCAAAUUAAACAGGGAUUCUUAUCUAGAUAUUUCUCAAGUUCUCAUAUUCCUUUGUGGCUUCAACAUCUUGGCAGCUAAUAAACUAUCUGCACUGAUGAAUCAGUUCAACGAUGUUCGUCAUGGGUUUAGUUACAAUGCUUUCCAAAGCGUCAUCCUCUCAGGUUAUAGGGAGGCUGUGGCAAACAAGAACACUCCAAUAGACCUACAUCUGAGUCACUUUGUCGUUUGGGAUAAUGAUAAAGAUUUGAUCAACAUCUUUGCACUGAACACUCCACGGGCUCGAUCUUUAUUGGUUGUGGGCUCUAUUGGCAGACCUGUAAUAAUACGUUCACAAGACGCGUCGACUUAUCUUUGUCAUGGACCUAGACCCGUCUCAUUAGCUGCACGUGAUUAUGCCGACCCCUCUACAAGAGCAAAGCAGAAAGAAGUCAGAUCGUCUGCAUCGUGUUUGGAAUUCGACUUCUCAUCGUGUCACUACCUGGAACAGUUGGUGCUCAUUGGUGAUGCAACCGUGCAACCGAAUGCACUUGCGAGUUUGAAGAAGUUGAAAUAUCUAGCAAUGGAUUGUAAAUGUGAAGCGCUUGACAUGUCAAAUUAUGAACACAUAGAAUCAAUUGAUCUCGGAAAUGAAGUAACUUUACUACCACAUUCUAUUACUAAUUAUAAGAAUCUGAAAUGUAUUAAAAUAUGCACAGCUUAUAAAGAACUAGAUUUGUCAAUGUUUGUGAACUUAAUUUCGAUAACAAUCAGCAAAAAGGUGGAUGUGUUACAGAAGCCACUUCUCAUUCAUAACAAUCAAAAACUUAAGUUUAUUGGUUUACAUGAAUUUGAUUUCAACAGAUGUGACAAGAAAGACAUUCAUACAUGGUGUCUUUUGAACGGUGCUGAUCCAGAACUCUGUGCAGACUAUACUCCAGUACUGCCCUCCAUAAAACACAUUAUAUUGUUAAAUGUAACGUGUUCCUCCACCUGGCUACGCAGUCUGCUCACCACACUGUUCACACUCGAUCAUAGUGUGAAGUGUGAUCUGAAGGAAUGUGACAUAACUUCACUCAAAGUCAGCAAGUCACCUUUUACAUACGCAAGUAUAACAACGGAUUUAAACAAUACGUGUUCAUUCAAUGUCUCUAGCGAUAGCUCUGGUAUAUGGGAGACUCUGCUCGGUCUGAGUGUCAAGAAUCUGAGUAUUCGGGGUCAUGGUGAAGUUUCUUCGGAAUUGAAAAUUAAUCAUGUAUCGUCAUUGUUACGGUCACUAGCAACCCUCUCACAGCUGGAAACGCUUAGAAUGCAUUUAGUUGCAUAUAUUGACCUACAGCUUCCUCUGUGAUUGAAUCAUGUGACUGUCUGUUUUGAUUCAUUGCAUCCAUCAGAACUUCGCCAGCUGGUGAACAAGCUGUCUGCACGGACUCACUCACUUGAGUGUAGAGUGGAAUUUGUUUGUUGGCAUUUCAAGGACACAGAUAUGAGACAUAAAAUUCCAUCAGAGGAAUACAUACCCAUCCAACAAGAACUCGAAACUAUGCAUCAUGUUGAUGUGGUACGAUUUCGAAUAUAUGACUGGGCACCUUCCACCUAUCAAUGGUCUGCACGUGACAUUGUUGUUGAUGGUGAUCUUGUUGAUGAGAUUGUUGAUAAUGAAUUUUGUAAAGACUUUCUUGAACGCCUUAACAUAAUCCGCAUGGGUAAGAUUGACGGCCUCAGUCGCAUAUCAAUGCGACUUAAGAUUAAGAUCCAACCUUGACGUAGUUAAGUGUUACAUGUGGCAAGACAUUAAUAUUUACAUGUUCUUGUGUAAGUGAUACAUGUGCAAGACAAUAAUAUUUACAUGUUCAUUGUGCAAAUUGUAAUAAUAUUUUUUUAAGUUUGUUUUUUACUGUCUGAUGCAAAUCAAAUGAUUUCAAAUGUUUUAAAUGUUUGUUGUGUCUCUAACGAUGAUUUUCUGAGAUUGAUAAUACUAAUAAGAACAGAAGAAUACUGAUGGCAAAUGAUGAAUAAGUUUGUGCAAAUGAUAUUGCAACAAUAACGAAUACGGCAACAGUGACAAUGUUGCUGUUGUUGAAGCUGCUGCUAGUGAUGGUGAUGAUGUUUAUUAUGAUAAUACUGACGCAAAUGUGUUUUGUACUGCCUGUCUGCCUUGUAAACCUCAACCUGAUGCCUGAUAACCAUCCUUAUGUCUGGUAAGUCUGGCACAACUGCUGUUGGCCACCGAUUAAGUACGUAUUAAGUAAACAUCCGUCUGUCGCCACUUCCUGUUCCCAAACCACCACCGUUGUCCUCUAUUCUGUAGCUGUCUCACCAGCGUUACCCAUGCUUUGCAAACCAAAGGUAUUGAACAUAUGUUAACUUAUCAGUAACCCAACUAAAAUACAGUGACAAGAAGAAGUAACUAGUAUUUUGUCUGAUUAAUGGUUCCAAUGUACUCUGUCAACGCCCACUAAAACUUUGUCAAAACCUUCCAAUAGAUAGCACACGCCAACUACUGGUGCUAACUUUAUUUGUUAAGCAUUAACUAUUAUUAUAUCCGUUUCGAAUCCGUAUAGUUGCAACAAUAAUUAUUAAAUGCUUAGUAAUUUUGUUUUAAUUCUAUGAAAGCAUUAUUGCUAUCAUCAUUUUGUCAAUACAUACAAUUCACAAGAAAA